CAGUUCACACAUUUAGGGGCUUAUUCUGUUGUUAUUCAGUUUGUUGCACAGGCAAAUCCCGCUGCCUCUUGCUGUUGAAAGCUGCGGUCUUGUAUCAGGUAGCACGUUAGCAGACAGCUMUUCUAUGGAGACUCUUGAAUGGGAUGCGAGGAAAAGCUGGAGCUUAGAAAAAUCCUCUCUUAAUGGCAGUUAUAGUCUAUACUGCUACUGAAGUCCUCCAGACAGCCAGUCAUGCUCACCUUUCCCCUUCGGAAAUCCCAGUAGGAUCUCAUAGGUGAGACUGCUCCUUAAGGGUAGGUUCUCCUUACAGGCAACAAUCAUAUUUUUACAUUACAACAGCUUGUGCAUGCCGUAGUUUAUACCAUAAGGCUUAAAUCUACURUAAGGUUGCAAGGUAUUAUAUACUUCUGCACAGUACAGAUAUAAUAUUGCAGUGUAUGUUUCCACAGUUUGAGCCACCAGAAGAAGCUGUCCUGCACUCACUCUGCUGCUCACCACUCUUUCCCAUGCCUGAUAUAUGCUCUCUUGUACAAUUCACUUUUGUCAAACUGGGCACUGCAAAGUAUAAAUAUUUCUGUUUAAAGCUAACCAUUUUUAUUAGUAUUUUAACUAAUGAUUUAACUAAUUUUUAACUAACUGCAAUGAGGGACUCGAGUGCUUAUGUGACUGCUGUCUAAGGACCACAGAGCAUUCUGGGGGCUUAGUGGAUAUUUGCUUUAAGCUCUCUCCAGUUCUCCAAGUCAAAUCACAUUUCAGGUUUGGCCCAUUUGGUCUCUAGGCAAAGAUUUGGACCAUGGUAUAUAAAGAAGUAAUAAAAAUUAAAAGCUAGAGGACACACUUAUGAUACAAGGUAGCAGCAUCUUCAGGUUUCAUAAUGGGACUUGACUUAGCUUUUCUUGUCCUUUAACAUACUUAGCAGUCUAUCUUUUUCCCUGUGGCUCUUGUCCCAGGAAAGAUAGGGUGGGAAGGGGAAGCCGUUGCCUCUCAGUGCACGUUAAGAGUGCCAAUAUGCUGCACAAGCUGCUGUAAAGAGUGCACCCACUUUGUUAUAUCCAAGUUCCACCUGCAGUGGUGAAAGGACACUUGGGCUGGAGGUUUAUUUAAAUCUGUGUGAAUUAGGAUUAGAAGCUGUCCUCGGAGGCUGUCUGUGUUGCUUAUUCAGUAGGCAGACAAUUUACAUAACUUGAACACCAUAGGCACCAGGACAAAUCGGGCCACCAUCUGCAGCAGUGUAAUUUGUCCUCGUGCYGAGGCUCUGAGAACCGACUGGGUGUAAACACUGUGAUCCACUUAUAAAACCUUUGCUGCUCUAAAACUGGAUGCUGGUAAUCUUGUCAGGAUGCUAUAUUUACUUAGUCAAUGUCUGUAGCGAUCUAUAAGAGGUUUAAUGUAGCUCUUGAAAGCAGUUGAUGUCCGAAUGUUGCUGGGAAGCCAUUAUAGCAAAGAAGAAUGAACGUUUGGAUGAAUAGCUACUGAAAACAGGAUUUGGGAAUGUUUGACACUAUGGGAGCGGCUGGAUCAGCGGAUGAUAUUAAUGCCAUGGAAAUUCAUCACUGGUACACAAAAUUUAUGAAGGAGUGCCCCUCUGGACAGCUUUGUCUGCAUGAAUUUAAACACGUCCUGGAUCUGCAUGGACUUAAUCCAGAAGCUAAUGGUUAUGUUGAACAAGUAUUUCACACAUUUGAUAUGAAUAAGGAUGGAUUUAUAGACUUCUUGGAGUUCAUAGCUGCAAUAAAUCUGGUUAUACGAGGAAAAAUUGACCAAAAAUUGAAAUGGUACUUUAAGCUGUAUGAUGCUGAUGGAAACGGAUGCAUUGACAAAAAAGAACUAUUAAGCAUAUUCACGGCUAUCCAAGCUAUUAAUGGCCACACUGACAUGUCUGCUGAAGAAUUCACAGACAUGGUGUUUCAGAAGAUAGAUGUGAACAAUGACGGGGAACUGACUUUAGAGGAGUUUAUCAAUGGCGUGGAAAGAGACAGGAAUCUAAUGGAAUUGAUUACAAAAAGUUUCGACCUUUCCAACGUACUCAAAGCCAUACAGAACGGCAGGAGGCACAGCAUCUGAAGGCCUCAGUGAUGGAUGUGGCGUCUGUGUCAUUGUUUGCAAGGAAGAUAACAUAUGAAACAUUCAGGGAGCUUCAUCUUGUCAAAGCCUGCCUGGACCAUUCCAGGCACCCAGCUCUGGGAAUAACUCUCUCUCUGAACUUUGACUGUGGAGUGCACAUCUCCCUCUCCUUCUCUUUGUUCUUUCCCUCAUUCGGACCUGCGGCAGCUACAGGGCACAAACCUUUGCCCACUUGUAACAUAAACACUAUUUGAGGCAGUACAGAUAGCCUACUUGUUCUCCAUGAACACUGCUUAGAGUAAUUGAAGGAACAACAGCAAUACCACAAAAUACAACUUUUCUAGAGGACGCGGAAUUUAUGCAUUUCUUCUUUUGCAUGCAGGUUUUUAACCUACUAUUUAAGAUGUGGUAAGAAACUUCUAGAUGGGAUUAGUUUCUAUCUGGAUCAAUUAAGCAUGAAGCCUUGUUUGCAUUAACUUAACAUUCGCUUUAAUCAAUGCUCAGAAUAGGACUAGAUUAACUGGGAAACACCUCAAUCAGCUUAAUAUUCCAGAGACGUGUAUCCUCUUUAAAAGGCUGUUUACUCCUCUUGACAUCUGUAAAUUAAAAUAAUGGGAUGUUUUCCUGUUGGGAGAAGUGUCCGCUACUCUUCUUUCAAAUUAUCCUUUGUAGAAAUGAAAAAUUUUACAUCAAUCUUUUAAAGUACUAUUAGAAGUUCAAAGAAUAGCUAAAACCAAAAUCUGUUAAGCACCAGUAUGAAAGUUGUUUGGUUUCUCAGAGAUUUGUGUCCUUUGAUUUCUGUGUCCUCCUUUUUGAAACRCUUCCCCUUCUCAUGGGGCUCUCUGUCCUGGCUGCAAGGGACCAAAGGUAUGAGGUGUCACAACUAGUACAUGCUGAUGGGAUUGCUGGCCCCUGCCAAACAGACUGUUUAACAGCUGAAUUCUUCCUGCCUUUCCCUCACAGGGAAUGCUAAUUUAGGUCUUUGUGUUCUGCUCAGGUACCUCAGCAAAAGCUUUUAACAAUUUAGACCUUCUUCCAAAUUGGGUUGCAAUCACCUCUGAAUUUGGUGGCUCUUAGGACCAAGGGCAAGGGAUUCGUGGGCUGCAUGAUCACAUAGGCCUCAUUUAUCUUAGGCCUCUAUUUUACCCAAGCUAAAAACAACUCAAUCUUACCAAAUAAGUAACAAGAUUAAUUCUACUAGCUGAAUUCCCUGGCUGCAAAGGGAAUUCAGUGCUCUCUGGUUCUGUUGGCACUAAUUCCCUCUCAAGUCUGCAAGGGUUUUACUGAAUUACAAAAUUUAUAAGAGUAAGUUCUCCUUGGCUGACAGUGUCCUGCAGGCAUCACCAUAAUACUAGUUGUUGUCAGGAGCACCAGCUUCACACAAAAUAAUUUGUGCAUAAAUUGUGCAGGAUGAAGGCAACAGUUAUUAAGAUUUCAGUAUGAAAAUGUUUUUCUUCCAAACGCACUUCAAAUCCAUGUCCAUCUGCACAAGAUAAAAUGUCCUCUAUCUCUGUGAUUAUUAUUCUAGUUUCUGGUUUGAUGAAUAGGAUAUAUUAGGAGCAAGCAACAAGAUCACUUGACAUUAUGAACAGUUCUGACAUUACAGCUCUGACAUUUGCAUUUUUUAUAUCCU